AUGGAAAUUAGAUCGGAGAAUAAUCAGGCACGGAGUGAUAAUAAGCCUCCGGUUCAAGCCGUUCCCAAAACUCGGUUAAGAGUCUGGUUCGUCAGCGUCUGCUUGAGCAUUUUGAUUUGGACUUUCUUGAUUCAGCUCUUCGCUACCAGCGAGCUUAGGCAUUCCCGGAUCUUCACCGGUUUAACCAAUCAGGUUCCCCUGUUUCCUUCCCCCGUCGAGCCAAUUCAAUCGCCGCCUCCUUACCCUCCCCGAAGAAACUAUACAAGCAAUGGGAUUCUACGAGUGUCCUGUAAUGGCGGUCUGAAUCAAAUGCGUGCAGCGAUUUGUGAUAUGGUGACUGUUGCUAGGCUAUUGAACUUGACUCUUGUUGUUCCAGAGCUUGAUAAGAAAUCUUUCUGGGCUGAUCCAAGUGACUUUGAGGACAUUUUCGAUGUAAAGCAUUUCAUUGGUUCGUUAAGAGACGAAGUUCGGAUUUUAAGAAGGCUUCCGAAACGGUAUAGCAAGAAACAUGGACAUAAAGUGUUCGAAAUGCCGCCUGUGAGCUGGUCAAAUGACAAAUAUUACUUGCAAAAGGUAUUGCCGCGAUUCAGAAAGCAUAAAGUUAUUCACUUCAAUAGGAGCGAUACAAGAUUGGCGAACAAUGGUCUUUCUCUCGAUCUCCAAAGUCUGAGAUGCCGAGUGAAUUUCCAAGGACUUAGAUUCACUCCACGUAUUGAGGCUUUGGGAUCGAAGCUAGUUCGGAUUCUGCAACAAAGAGGGCCUUUUGUGGCUUUGCAUUUGAGAUAUGAGAUGGACAUGCUGGCUUUCUCUGGUUGCACUCAUGGCUGCACCGAGGAAGAAGCUGAAGAACUCAAAAAGAUGAGGUAUGCAUAUCCAUGGUGGAGAGAGAAAGAGAUAGUCUCUGAUGAGAGAAGGGUGCAAGGGCUUUGUCCAUUGACACCAGAGGAGGCGGUUUUGGUUCUAAAAGCGUUGGGGUUUCAGAAGGACACACAGAUUUACGUUGCAGCUGGUGAGAUUUACGGUGGUGCGAAGAGAUUAGCACUUCUAAAGGAAUCAUUUACAAGAAUCGUGAAAAAGGAAAUGCUACUAGAUCCAACGGAGCUGCAACAGUUUCAGAACCAUUCAUCUCAGAUGGCAGCUCUAGAUUUCAUAGUAUCUGUAGCCAGCAACACUUUUGUUCCUACUUACUAUGGAAACAUGGCAAAAGUUGUCGAAGGACAUCGAAGAUUUCUCGGGUUUAAGAAAACAAUCCUGCUAAACCGGAAGAGACUUGUGGAGCUUUUGGAUUUACAUAACAACAAGACUAUCUCUUGGGAACAGUUUGCAGUAUCUGUGAAGGAGGCUCAUGAGGGAAGACGCAUGGGAGAACCAACACAUCGGAAAGUAAUCUUUGAUAAACCAAAGGAAGAAGAUUACUUCCAUGCCAAUCCUCAGGAAUGUAUCAGUGAAAAUCCACUUUAA